AUGAAAAUAAAAUCGCCUAAACCCAGACUUUCAAAGAUCCAAAAAAAAUCCGUUGAGAAUGACAUUUCCAGGCCUUUAUUUUCUGAGCUAAGUCCCUUCAUUCGUGAUAAAACAAAUGAAGCUCUAGAGAAACACUUUAAAAAGCUGUUUUCCCAUACAAAAAGAUAUUCCCUUAUAUCAUCUCCAAAAAAAUCCGAAGUGAGAUCAGCAAGAAAUUCUGAAACAAAACUUUCUCGAAAUAUAAAAAUUCCUGAAUUAAAAUUAAAAAAGAGAUCUACUUCAUCAAGCUUAAACAAAGGUUGAGAGCUCUGCCGUUUGCUUUUCCCUUAUCAGCAGCCAUCUACAGAUCGUACAACUGCAACAAGUUUUUCUCAACGAAAAAGUAUGAAAUUAGACCUAAGCUAUGAAAAUUCAUCAUCAACUCCUUUACCACAGAGAAAAAAAUCUUCUUAUCGGAAUAAUCCUUAUUUAAAAAAUAUUGUUUUGGAUUAUCCAUACACACCAACUUUGCCAAAAUCAAAUCGAAGACACAACUAUAGUUUCUCAAAAAUUGCUGAAGAAAAAAAGUGGCAUGCUGAAUUGUCAGAUAUUGAAAAAAUCCUAUACAAAUUAUAG